GAACAAUGUCGCUCUCACAUUCAGUCGUACACGAUCCCACACAGAUCAAGCCGGGAGCAUGCAAAAAGUGCGGCCAGCUGGGACACCUGACGUACCAAUGCCGUAACUUUAUGAAGCUGAAUCCGUCGCAGGAGAUUGUGCUGGACGUGUCGAGCACGUCGUCGUCCGACGAUGAGGACGAGGACGGCGGCUUCGAUGACAAUCCUGCAGCGGCCGAGCAGCGCAGAGCGGCACUGGCAGCCAUGCUCGCCGCCAAGAGCUCGCAAACAGCUGCUGCGACUGCUGCUGCCAGCCGCUCGCGGGACGCCAAGAGCAAGAAGGACAAGAAGGAGAAGAAGGACAAGAAACACAAAAAGGACAAGAAGAGCAAGAAGGACAAGAAGCACAAGAGCGACUCCCGCGACAGAGAUCACAGGCACUCGUCAUCGUCAUCAUCAGCGUCACGACGACGACAUUCACGGCGCGACUCGUCAGACGACGGUAGCGACAGCGGCAGUGAGGCAGACAGCGAAGAGUACGACGAGGACGAUCGUCGCACGAGCUCCCGACGUCGGCAAGGGUCGUCCAGGCGGUCCCGCUCCCCGUCGCCUGUGCACUCGAGCUCACGGCGACGCGACGAGCGCGCUCGGUCUCGAUCCAGGUCGCGAUCCAGGUCGCCUUCUCCAUCACGCGAAUCCCGCGGUCGUAGUCGAGGAUCGCCGUCCCGCUCACGCUCCCGGUCUCGAUCGCGAUCGCCGGCUACCCGUGACAGGCGUGAUGCUGACACUCGCGAUGGCAGGAGCAGCAGUAGCCAUAGCAGUCGAAGAGACGACCGAGAAAGGCGUUGAGAGGCGUUUGAGCUUGUUUUGUUCGUCAUUCAACAAAAAUUGCAAUUUCACUUCUGCAGUCAUUACAACCCGAAGAUCUUUAAUGGAACAACAUUUUAGAAAUACAAAACAAUGCAAAUUCAC